AUGUCAGUCGUGGAUUCCGAUGAACGUGUUCUUCCAAGUCGUACGCCUUCCGAGGAUUUAAAUUCAACAGUUCUUGAGGUAAAAUGUGGUCAGUUGAUUGCUCGUUUACAUACCGAUAAAUUUAUAUGUCCUGGAAUUCAUCAACCAUGUAUCGAGUUGGAUGGUGAAAUGAUUAGUCCAAAAGAAUUUACAAUACGAGCGAAUAAAGAUAAACAAAAGGAUUGGAAAGGUAGCAUACGAAUCGGUAAAUCUAAUAUGAGGUCGCUGAUGGAAUGUAAAAGUUUGGAUUUCUAUAACCACGAUACAUAUUGUAGUGCAAAAUGCCAAAGCCGAAAUUAUAUAACAUCAAAAAAUUUCGUUGGUGAUUUAUCGCUAAAACCAGAUGUUUUUUUUGGUGCAUCAACAUCAAACUGCGAAUUAUCUGAUACGAAUCCUUGCGGAAAUACAGUUAUCUCAAAUGCCCUCCAACGCCUUGUCAAUAAUCCAUCUGCAUUGGCUUCUAUAAGUAUUAUGAGCGAUCAGUUGAUUUUAUCAACGUUAUUAUCAUCAGGAAAUAGUGGUCGAACAACUGAUGGUGCUGUAUUAAAACAAGAAGAUAGCGUUGACCGUUCUCAUCUGACUAAUAUCAGUAGAGCUAUGCAAGACCAACCCGUUAAAUUUUGGACUAUGGUCUCAGACAUGGGUCUGUUCGAUGAAUUUAUGAAUAUGAUUAUUACCGCAAUUAAUCAAACACAACGAUUAGUAAGUAUGGGUUCAGCUCAACGUGAUGCAGUUGCCGAAAAAUUGUCGCAAAUGGCAAAGGUGUUCGAACUGGAAGAUAUUAUCAGUACCCGAAUACAUGCGAAACGUCUACAGUAUCUCGUGGAUACCAAUUUAUUAAAAAAUAAAUUCCAAGCAGAAUUGCAACGAAAAACGGAGGAAUGUCGUCGAGAGCUGGAAGAAGCGCGACGAAGGGUGGCUCAAAUCGAUGAAAUCGUUUUAGACCCACUUUUAUUUCCUGUAAAACGCAGUCGACUUUCCAGUACAGAAGAUGUUAUCGGUGGUAUGGCUAAAAAUGAUUAG